AUGAAAAGAGUGCGUAAAACUCUGGAGUUCCCUCAGUCAGCGGGUUUGGUAGAAGCUCCCUCGCCGGAGUCUGGCCACCUUGCACUGGAAACCCCUCCAGACUAUGUGAAGGAGAUCUCGCGAUAUUUGGCGGUACAGAGCACACAGGAUCAAGCAUCUGAAGCAGAAAGUGACUCAGGAGACAGCAUGUUCAUAACUCAGAAUCCUGCCUCUGAGGCUGAGAGUUCAUUAGGUAGGCAGUCCAACAGCCCGAGGCCAGAGCCAGAAUCCAUCAGACAGCUCGAGGAAGAAGACUCCUCCUCCUCAUCAUCAUCAUCCUCCUGUAAAGGAAAGUCCAAAACUGUCAGAAGGAAGAGAGGGCGGAGGAGAACGAGAAUCACGCUGCCACAGUACAAGUUCCCUUGGCAGAGAGCUCUGUUAUCCAUACAGCACAACACAGCCCUUCAUUAUAAUGCAAUGGGAGGCUUCUUUAAAUGUGUCAAAGAACUGCAGCAGGGUCGUCAUGGAGGAGAUGAUCUGCCCUCAUCCUUACAGACAGUUGACGAGGAAGGGGAGAGCAUAUCCCCUCUGUCAGAGGACGAGGAAGAAGGGUCAGAGAGUGUGGACACCAAAGUGGUGGAAAGGAAAUGUUUUGUUUUCGUGCCGUCAAAAACAAAGCGCUCACAACCUCAAAAAUCUCCGGAGACAAGAGGCAGCAACGUGAAUCAUCAUAAGAGGAACGCAAGUAAAGGUCAAAAAGCUUCACAAGGACGAAAAAAGACAAAAAAAUCGAUGAGUAAAGAGCUUUUGUCACAUACAGAGGACUCUGAUGGUGAAGGUCCUUCUCAAAGCAUUCUGGCCCAUAGUGAAACACCAACAAGAAAGAGAUAUCUAACCAGAGGAAACAAGAAAUAUAUUCAAGGGAAAGAAAGUGAGAGGGAGCUGUGUGAUGAUAGCGAUGCUACAUAUUGUGAUCCACUUGAGCUACAGGGAAGUCCAAGACUCCAAGAUACAGUUAAGGACAGAGAAGCAUCACUAAAUGUAACAGAACCCCCAGCCGAUGAUUUCAUCGCAGAUGAUCUCUCCGAGAUGGAACAGGCAGAGAACCAACCUGAAAGUCCAAGAUUCAAAGAUACAGUUCGGGACAGAGAAGCGUCACUAAAUGUAACAGAGCCCCCAGCUGAUGAUUUCAUCGCUGAUGAUUUCAUAGCAGAUGAUCUCUCCCAGAUGGAACAGGCAGAGAACCAACCUGAAAGCAAGAGUCCUCCCCAAAGUCCCCCAGAAGCUGCAAGUGGGUAUGAUAAUGAGAGUGUGUGCAAUGAAACCAUGGUGAGGAAAGAGAGAAAAGGAGAUGAUGAAAGAAGGGGACAGAGUCAGGAAGAUCCAGGGGGUCUGCCCGCUGCAACCUCGGUGGAGGUGGAGGAAGGAGAGACUCCCAGCCCUACGGAGGAUAAUCGAGCAGAGGAUAAUCGAGCAGAGGAUAAUCGAGCUGAGCCUCCUGCGACGCAGACCAGUGACGAGCUCGAGAACUUAUCACAUGAUGAAGUCAUAGCGAGACAGGAGGAGAGACACAUUCAGGUGUCUCAGCCAUCACUGACACAGAACGUGGUGAAUGGUGACGAGGAGAGGAAGAAGAAAGGGAAAAGUGGCAUUGAGGAUGAAGAGCAGUUAAAGGCAAGCGUCGUUUCAGAGCCACUAAAGGAUGAUGGUGAGAUACUGACAAAAAAUCAAAAAGGAAAAGAAGAAAAGAUUGUAAAUGGGGAAGAACAUGGAGAAGCGUUGAAUAUGAGUUCAGAUCUACCUCUGAUGUCAGGGAGACAACUCGAGGAAACAGGAGAUUGUUUAGAAAAUACAGAAUCGACUCAGGAAAAAUUACAACCCAUUUUGGAAAAGAAAAGACAAAAGCGUGAAAAGAAGCGUCCGUCAGCUGAUCAGGAGGACACAGAAGUCGGAGCCAAAGAUGAUGCAGAUUCAAGCUUGUCUAAUGAUGUAACUACUGAAACAAGUUCAGUGAAGAAGAAGAAGAAGAAGAAGAAGAUAAAGGAGAAGAAGAGGGAAAGCAACUCUGAAGGGGUCGAUAGUUCUUGCAUUGCUGAGGUUGACGAUGCAGAUCAUUCCCAGAAAAUGAACGGGGGCUCAGAAGACAGAGCUCCUGAGUCGGUGAUGAAGAAAAAGAAGAAGAAGAGGGAAAGCAACGCUGAGGGCAUAGAUAUCUCUUGCACUUUUAACCAAAAUGAAAAAGUUGAUGAUGCAGAUCUUUUCCAAAAAACAGAGGAAGGCUCUGAUGACAGAGAUGCUGAACCUGUGACGAAGAAGAAGAAGAAGAAGAAGAGGGAAAACGCCUCAGAGGAUGUCGAUGUUUAUUGCACUCCUAACAAAAAAGAAAAGGUUAAUGAUGCAGAUCAUUCCCAGAAAACUAAGGAAGACUCAGAUGACAGGGCUCCUGAGUCUGUGAUGAAGAAAAAGAAGAAGAAUAAGAGGGAAAGCACCUCUGAGGGCGUAGAUAUCUCUUGCACUUUUAACCAAAAUGAAAAAGUUGAUGAAGAUUAUUCCCACAAAACAAAGGAAGACUCUGAUGACAGAGAUGCUGAGCCUGUGACAAAGAAGAAAAAGACGAAGAAGAAGAAGAAGAAGAGGGAAAGCACCGCAGAGGAUGUCGAUGUUUAUUGCACUCCUAACAAAAAAGAAAAGGUUGAUGAUGCAGAUCAUUCCCAGAAAACAAAGGAAGACUCAGAUGACAGGGCUCCUGAGUCUGUGAUGAAGAAAAAGAAGAAGAGGGAAAGCACCGCUGAGGGUGUAGAUAUUUCUUGCACUUUUAACCAAAAUGAAAAAGUUGAUGAUGCAGAUCAUUCCCACAAAACAAAGGAAGACUCUGAUGACAGAGAUGCUGAACCUGUGACAAAGAAGAAGAAGAAGACGAAGAAGAGGGAAAGCACCGCAGAGGAUGUCGAUGUUUAUUGCACUCCUAACAAAAAAGAAAAGGUUGAUGAUGCAGAUCAUUCCCAGAAAACAAAGGAAGACUCUGAUGACAGAGAUGCUGAAUCUGUGACAAAGAAAAAGAAGAAGAAAAAGAGGGAAAUACUUAGCAGAGCUGUCUCACAGGACGGCGUGACACAAAGCCAUGAUUCGGUGUCUGUGCGGAAAAAGAAGAGGACCUCUUCCUUCCUUGUUGCUGAUGCAGAGGAAAAAGAGGCUCAGACGCACGAGGAACAAAGCUCGCCUUGUCCAAACUCUGCAGCCGCAAAAAAGCCCGGUGUCAGCGCUGGUGCUCCAGAGACUGAAUCAGCAGAAACGGCUGGAAAUGUGGAGGAAUUGAAUAAUGGGGCCAGGAAGAAGAAAAAGAAGAGAAAGGUGUCGGUGGUGGAGGAGAGUGUUGAGCCGAAUGACACAUGCAACAGUUCUUUGCCUGAUCCCACUGAGACAAGGGUAAAGAGAAAAAAGAAAUCGAAGAGAAAUGAAAGUGAGCUGGUGACCGCCGAGGAAAGAAUAGAAAGUGCGGACGAAGUGGGGUAUUCUCCAACUGAUGAGGCUGUGGUUUUAAGAAAGAAGAAGAGUAAAAAGCGUAAAUCUGAGCCGGAACAUGUGAUACAAGAGAGUCCGACACCUGCCACUGACAGUGUGGUAUCAGGAGGAGCGCCAGUGAAAACCUGCAGCUCAGUUUCACUCAAGAAGAAAGGCAAACAGUCGACCGCUCACUCAGCAGGAGAGGAGAGUUGUGGUCACAGUGCUGAAGAGUCUCGUGACGUUUCUGCCAAAACAAGCAAGGAAACGCUGAACAUGCCUCACCAUGUCUCCCCGUCUGCACAGACUCCAGGAGUCCUGAGUGAGGCGGUGAGAGUCAAGAAAACUAAGAAAAACAAACGGGCAAAGACAAAACUUUAUUAUCCAAGUGAAGACUUAUACACAGAUCAGUAGUUUGACCAGGAGACUUAUUCUCAACACACUCAAAACCUCUUUUGUAUAUUUCACAUGAAGCUGUCAGUGUUUUUAGAUUGAAUGUGGACAAUAUGUAAAUGAGGCUAUUAAGUGGUGACGUUUUCACAGUGACUUUUUUUAAAAAAAAAUUGUUUUCUAUCAAAGCUUUUUUACGAACACCCCUUCUGACCUCUUGAGUUGAGAUUUACUUUACUCUCCAUACUACUGAGAUAUGUUUAUUUUGGAAAGAAGAAGCACCUUUUGUUUUCCUACAUUUAAAUAUUCAGUAUUUGUAGGACUUCUGCACAA